AUGAGCAUCAGCUCGGGAUACAGCCUGAUGCAGGAAUAUGGACACCCACAGGUCUUGGAUCGCAUUCAGAUGCAGAAGUCUAGCUCCACCAUUUUGCCCUUAGAGGAAAACCUUCUAGGCCAAAGUGCCACAGAAGGGGAGCAAGGAAGUGAGCAAUUCACCUCUGAAAUCUACAUCACCCAGCCUGGAAAGAACAGCCUGGUCACCACACUCAAGCAAACAGUGGCUAAAAAAGGAAACCCAAGCAUGCUUGCACCUGGUUAUGGGGGGCCUCUGAAAGAGGUUCCUCCAGAAAAGUUCAACGUCACAGUGAUUCCCAAGUCUUACCAAUCGCCAUGGGAGAAAAAGCCCAUUGACCGUGAAACACUUCUGGCUGCUCUCAAUGCUCAACUGCCUGAGGCCAACCUUACAACACUCACCCCAGCCGACUACAAAUGUUUCAACAGGUACCCAAUAAAGAGAUAGUUCACAUAAAAAUGA